GGCUGCAGCUGCUUUCUGCAAUUUGGGAUAAAAAACUAAGGACGUUGGAUGGAGAUGAUUUUUCUAUAUCGUAAUUGAUUCUCCGAUGUCUUAAACUGCUUUCCAUGCACUGAUUAGGACCGGACCAAGAGGAGGUUACAGCCAGUCACUGGUGACUCCUCAGUAGCUUCUUUGGCAGAGAACGUCGACGGGGCUCCACUCUGACAUCUCAUCUCCCAGCUAUGCAAACUUCGAGAUGCAUUGCGUACGAGAUUAGGGCUUAUCAGGAGGCAGAUGACAAUUGAGCAGGUGAAGGUUGAAAAUGGGCCCGAGAAUGAAACUUCCAGACUAAUGGGGGCCGCUCAGAGGUCAUCCAUGAAAUCUUCCUCUUGCUCUUGUCGUUACUUCCUGGGUGCUCUGUGUCUUCUACUGACCAUGAUCACCAUUGCACAUGCAUGCCCAACAAGAUGCCAUUGCACUGAAAGGAAUGGCGCUGUGGUGCAGUGCACGUCACGUAACUUGGAGAACAUCCCCUCAAAUCUUCCCAAGGACACUGUGGUUCUCUUGCUCUCAUCCAACCAGAUCACACACGUCCCCAAGGAGGCCUUCACGGACCUCUACCGAAUCAGGGAGCUCGACCUUUCCCACAACCUCAUUGAAAGCUUGGAGGUCGGCGCCUUUCAAGGAAUUUCCGAGGGCUUGAGGACCUUGGACCUUUCUAACAACCACCUCAGCAGCCUGCCCAAGGAAACCUUCACUAAACUACAAGCUCGUGUUCGCCUGUCUAACAAUCCCUGGAACUGCGAGUGCUCUUUGCAGGAAGUGCUGAGGGAGCUGAGACUCGACCCUGAGACCAUCAAUGAGGUGAGCUGCUAUACGUCUGUGCAGGACGAAUACGUAGGGCAACCGGUCAUCCAAGUCCUGGACUCGGGAAUCAACUUUUGCAACUUCCACCAGAAGACGACGGAUGUGGCCAUGUUUGUGGCCAUGUUCUGCUGGUUCUCCAUGGUGACCGCUUACAUCAUCUACUACAUACGGCACAACCAGGAGGAGGCGAGGAGGCACAUGGAGUACCUCAAGUCCCUGCCAAGCAGCUCCCAUAUCAGCAAGGACUACGAUACAGCCAGCAGUGUCUUUUAGAAAGGAUGCACCAGUGACUACAGAUGAGUGUGCAUUGAUGCAUAUAGAUGAAUGUCAAGCAGGGAAUAUGUUUGAGGGUUAACGAUAAAACCCUGCUCGAAGAUACAUUGGUGCACAAGUCACGUGCAAUAAGGAGCAACAAAAAAGAACAACAAUUACUCUCUGUCUUCAAAAAAAACCCAGCUCGAAUAUGUGGCCAGAAGGGCAAAGUGCUAACAUGUAGAAGGCUCUGUAUUUAAUUCUCUUCCAAGAAUAUCAAUUAAAUCACCCUGUAAUUAAUUUGUUACUGUGACUGUUUUAACGAAAUGACAGGCAUAUGUGUUUGACUUUCUUGGUUUGGAGUUGUGUUUUUUUUUUUAGGACUUUUUUGUGAAGUAGACAGUGUCUGGAGGGCCAACUGCUGCCUUCAUACCUUGUUAUUAUAGACAUUAAUGGAAUACAGUGCAUAUUACAUGUAGCUGUUUAGUGUCUUUAAAUAGUUGAUAUAUUUUGUAAUAGGCGAAAUAUUUUAGCCCCUAGUGCCGAGAAUGUUUCAACCAAUUAUAAGGGAAAGACUUCACUACAUCCAUUAGUUAAUGUACAGUUUUUGUGAAAUAGACAAAAGACAGUGUCUUUUCCAUUUUACAGCUAUUAACUAUUAUAUAUGUAUAUCCAUCCAUCCAUUUUCUGAGCCACUUCUCCUCACUAGGGUCGCGGGGGUGCUGGAGCCUAUCCCAGCUGUCAUCGGGCAGGAGGAGGGGUACACCCUGAACUGGUUGCCAGCCAAUCGCAGGGCACAAACAAACAAACAACCAUUCGCACUCACAGUCAUGCCUGCGGGCAAUUUAGAGUCUCCAAUUAAUGCAUGUUUUUGGGAUGUGGGAGGAAACCGGAGUGCCCGGAGAAAACCCACGCAGGCACGGGGAGAACAUGCAAAUUCCACACAGGCGGGGCCGGGGAUUGAACCCGGGUCCUCAGAACUGUGAGGCUGACGCUCUAACCAGUCGCCCACCGUGCCGCCUAUAUGUGUAUAUAUAUAAUAAUAAUAAUAGUAAUAAUCUAUCCAUCCAUUUUAUGAGCCGCUUCUCCUCACUAGGGUCGCGGGCGUGCUGGAGCCUAUCCCAGCUAUCAUCGGGCAGGAGGCGGGGUACACCCUGAACUGGUUGCCAGCCAAUCGCAGGGCACAUAGAAACAAACAACCAUUCGCGCUCACAGUCACGCCUACGGGCAAUUUAGAAUCUCCAUCCAUCCAUCCAUCCAUUUUCUGAGCCGCUUCUCCUCACUAGGGUCGCGGGCAUGCUGGAGCCUAUCCCAGCUGUCAUCGGGCAGGAGGCGGGGUACACCCUGAACUGGUUGCCAGCCAAUCGCAGGGCACAUAGAAACAAACAACCAUUCGCACUCACAGUCACACCUACGGGCAAUUUAGAAUCUCCAAUUAAUGCAUAUUUUUGGGAUGUGGGAGGAAACCGGAGUGCCCGGAGAAAACCCACGCAGGCACGUGGAGAACAUGCAAACUCCACACAGGCAUUAUUAUUAUUAUUAUUUUAUUUUGCUGCAGAUGAAAACUGCAUCAUGCACCAAAUAAUGAUCACACUUGUCUUCUGCUACACUUGAGGCAAGAAAUCAUUUUACAACUCCAAAUUAGUUUAAUUACACCAACAAAUUAAAUCCAUAAAUCUGAGCGGACUUUGCGCCAGGCUUCAUUUAGUAUCUUGUUACAGCUGGUUGGAGAUGCUUUUUUUUUUCCAUUUGUGCUCUUAUUUGUCUAUCAGGGGUUACGUUUUAUUGAAUGUAUUUUGCUGACCUUGCUGUCCUCAAACUACCUCCGACUGAAGUCUUAGUCGUACUAAGGUUGUUAAUUGAAAUUACAUUCAUUCUUUGGCUUUCCUUAUCAAGUCCAAUGAGCAUAAUCAAACACAGCUUGACUCCAAUGAAAGUGUAGAACCAUCUGAAGGAUGAUCAGAAGAAAUGGACAGCACCCGAGUUAAAUAUAUGAGUGUGACAGCAAAGGGUCUGAAUACUUAUGGCUGUGUGAUAUUUCAGUUUUUCUUUUUUAAUAAAUUUGCAAAAAAUUCAACAACUCUGUUUUAUUUCUGUGAAUAUGGGGUGCUGUGUGUACAUUAAUGAGGAAAAAAAAAGAACUGAAAUGAUUUUAACAAAUGGCUGCAAUAUAACAAAGAGAGAAAAAUGUAAGGGGGGCUGAAUACUUUCCGUACCCAGCAGAAAAUUUAGGAAGUAAAAUGAACUAUUUUACUUUAAAUUGCUCAUUGGUUUGAUUGUGAAUGUGAAUGGUUGUCUAAAUGUGUGCUGCGUUGCGUGGAGACCAAACCAGAGUGUACCCCGCCGCUCGCCCAGCUAGGAUAGACUCCAGUACAUCUACACACUAAUGGGGCCAAACAAUAAAGAAUGGAUUAAAUACAGACUGAUAGGGCUACAGGUUGGCAUUGAAUUGCUCAAUCCAGCAUGAAUACUUAAGAUAUGAAGCACAUGUUUUGUAUGAGAGAGGGAUGAGGC